AUGUCGUUUCUGAACAAACUCGCAAGCAAGCUUGAUGAUUUGAACCUCGGCUUAGAUAACAAGCCAAAAAAGGAGGAUAAGCCAAGAAAUCGCGAUUAUCCUCCGCCUUCUCAACAAUACGGUAGCUCCCAAGGACCACCAACGUACCCGCCUCAAUACGGCGGCAGUCCCGCUCCCGGACCCGGCUACCCCGGUCAACCUCAAGGCUACGGCAGCCCUUCCCCCCAAGGCCAAUAUCAAGGUUACGGAAGCCCUCCCCCGCCCUCGGGUGCCGCCCCAGUUUAUUCACCACCAUCAGAUAAACCCGCGAUACCUUCAGGAUGGAUACCCCAGUUCGACCAGCAGUAUCAACGAUGGUACUAUUACGAGCAGGCCACCGGCCGCUCUCAGUGGGAAGCACCUGGCUAUAAUGCAAACCCAGCACCACCUGUGGCAUCUACGGGAGAAGAUCGAGGAUCAGGUUCGCACGGCGACUCCAGCUACCCCCCUGCGCAGGGUGCACCGAGCUAUGGCUUCGAUCACUCUGGCUCUGGAGGAUACGAUCAUUCAGGGGGUUAUGACGAUCAUGACAAGAAGGAUAAGAAGGAUAAGGAUAAGAAAGACAAGAAAGACAAGAAAGAUAAAAAAGAUAAAAAAGGAGGCCAUGGCAAUGUCAUGUUAGGUGUGGCCGGUGGUCUUGCUGUAGGCGCUAUCGGCGGCGCACUAAUAGCCGAUGCCCUUGAUGACAGCUCGGACGAUGAACAUCACGCUCCCCCUGCGCCUACCACGGUCAUAUACGAACAAGCCCCGCCCCCGGUCCCCAUCUCCGCGGAGCCGAGCUAUGAGCCGACGUACGAUGCAGACGGCGACUACGUCGAUGCUAGUGAUCGAGAGUCAGUCCGCUCUGCACGCGAAGAUUACGAAGAGGCACUCGCCGCGGCACAGGACUCUGACGCCAGCAGCAGUGAAGAAGAAGCCCUCGAGGAAGCCCGUGAGGAGUACGAGGAGGAGUUUGAGGAAGCGUACUACGACGACUAA